CGCCCCCUCCGUUCCCCACUCUCGGCCCCUGAGGAGACAGUGAGGCCGGGCCGGAGCCGACUAUGGCGCCCAGUGGAGACUUGAUGGGGGCUGCUGAGGACCUGGCCGACCAGUGAAUCAGUGGCGGACCUGGGAGUUCUGACUUCAUCUCAGCCUACACAGACUGCAGAAUAUCUUCAUAGCGCUCAUGAGUCUCAACUAAACUCCUACUAGGACUUGCACAAUCGCUGUCAGUCUUGCAGUUGGCUCUCUUGCCAGAGUUCUUACGGGUGACGAAGCGCUACCUACCUCACCUGGCUCACCUCUGUCUGAUCAGCACCUUCCUUGAGGAUGGGAUACGGAUGUGGUUUCAAUGGAACGAGCAGCGGGAUUACAUCAAUAUGUCGUGGGGGAGCGGCAUCAUCUUGGCCACGCUAUUCGUGUUAAUCAACAUGUCUGGACAGCUGGUUGGGUGCGUUCUAGUCCUGGCCAGGAAGUUUGUUCCUUACGCUUGUUUUGGCCUGUUUGGGAUUAUCUUAAUGCAGACAGUCGCUUACAGUAUUUUAUGGGAUCUCAAAUUCCUGAUGAGGAACCUUGCCCUAGGAGGUGGGCUGCUGCUGCUACUGGCAGAGUCCCGCUCUGAAGGGAAGUCCAUGUUCGCCGGCGUCCCCACCGUGGACGACAUCUCACCGCGACAGUACAUGCAGCUGGGGGGGAGGCUCCUGCUUGUGCUCAUGUUCAUGACACUACUGCACUUUGAACUCAGUGCUUUCACCAUCUUCCAGGACAUCUUUGGCAUGGCGUUGAUCAUCUUAGUGGCCAUUGGCUUCAAGACCAAGCUGGCCGCCCUUACCCUGGUCAUCUGGCUCUUCGUAAUCAAUCUGGUACAGAAUGCGUUCUGGAACAUCCCCACCUACAGGCCUCUCCAUGACUUCCUAAAGUAUGACUUUUUCCAGACCAUGUCGGUAAUAGGGGGCCUGCUGCUGGUGGUGGCGCUGGGCCCAGGAGGAGUGUCAAUGGACGAGCACAAAAAGAAGUGGUGAAGACAGGAGGAGACUGAAGAACAGGGAGGAGGCUUGGGGCAGACGGGGUGAGGGUGGGGGGGAAUCUUUCAUUACAACUUUUUUAAACUUAGUCCCAUUUGUAUAUUAUUUUUUUCCUCCCCCAUUCUGUUCUCUGGAGGUUUAUCAUUGUUCACUGUUGCCUUAUCAGGAUAGAAGAGUCUUUUCUAUCCGGUUGGACACAUGUGUAAAUUAAAAUAUAUAUUCUAUUCUACGGCCCUUGA